CGCAUUUUCAGUGAUGUGUGCGUAGGUUGCCAGUUGUCAGUAGUAGAGUGUAGGGUAGGUUAGUGUUAGUAGUGAUGGCGCUUUCCGUACUCCCGGAUACCGCUCCCAAGAAGGGUCUGACUGCGAUGGCUCUCCACCAUUCUCUGCUGAAAGACACCCACAAUCACGGUCACGGCGAUACUGCAGACUCCAAGUCUUCGCCCUCCAGAGAUGUUGGCUUCCCCAGCGUGUUGACCCCCAGCCACUUGUUCCCGAGCUUCAUGAGUCCCCUGGCCCUGCACGCCAGCCUGGCCACCAACCCGGGUCUCUUCAAUCCCUUCGGGUGGCCACCGACUCCUUCGCCCACCAACCACGUCUCCAGCAGCUCCUAUCCCGUUAAAACUCCGGUGGCAAAGAAGAGGAAGAAAAAGGAGGACUCCGAAGCGGCCCCUCUGUCACCCCCUACGUCCGGGUCCUCGCCCCAGUCGAACGGCUCCGGCCAAGACGUCGUCACCAGUGCAAAGACCAGCGCGGAAAAACAGGAAAGUAGGGAGAAGGUGUUUACUUGCGGAAUAUGUAACAGAUCUUUCGGUUAUAAGCACGUUUUACAAAAUCACGAAAGGACUCAUACCGGGGAGAAACCGUUCCAGUGUACCCAGUGCCACAAGAGGUUCACGAGGGACCACCACCUCAAGACACACAUGCGACUACACACAGGAGAGAAGCCCUACCACUGUACACACUGCGACAGACACUUCGUACAAGUGGCGAACCUCCGGAGACACCUCCGCGUGCACACCGGCGAGCGCCCUUACGCUUGUGAGCUGUGCGCCUCCAGGUUCAGCGACAGCAACCAACUCAAGGCACACAUGCUCAUACACAAGGGCGAGAAGCCGUUCCACUGCGUCCUCUGCGACGGUAAGUUCCGGCGACGACACCACCUCAUGCACCACAAGUGUCAGGGCAAAGACCAGGACUGUCUGGACCUGUUCAACCCUCCGGUGUACGUGGAACAGAGAUUCACUCCCAGCCCCUGCCAGGACUUAGAGGACAUGGAAGAUGUCGAGGAGGAAGAGGAAGAGGAUGACCAUUCCGUCCUCGCCCACAACAACAACUCCACGAAGAAGAUAAGGGAGAGAAAGUCCAAGUCUGUGAUCCGAUACCAAAGACCGCCCCAGAUCCUCCCCAUCUCCAUGGAUCUACCCGAGCAGACGGAACCAGAAGACCUCUCCAUGUCUUCCCACCGCAAUAACAACAAUAAUAACUCCAACUCCGACUCUCCACACUCAUCUCCGCACUCGGACGUCGAUGAGCACCUCCAAUACGUGCAUCCAAAGUUCAGGAAGUACCUCACCUCCUAGUAAAAUAACCCCACCUGGAUAAACUACUACGGGUAUGUACCGAGUACGGUAUUAGUCAGUCAUCUAUAGUAUUUUUAUAUUCUAGAGUGUACAUAAUAUGUGAAACGAUGUUACGUACUUUACCAGGUGCUUAGGAACUUAUAUUAUACCACUGUUCCCUCAUUAGAAAUGUUUGACGAUACUUAGAUUAAACUGAACCAACACUGUGAAACUACAUCUAUCAUAUCAAAUCUUUAAUGUACACUAUUUUUAUACUUUAUAGCUGCUGUUGUAUUUUUAAUCUCAUCCCUUGCGAUUUUCUCUUCUCGGGAUGAUUAAUUUGUAAGUGACUGAGAAUUAUAACAUUAAUUUUAACAGCAAUUAAAACUGUUUCUUGUAGGCUAGUCCUCUUUGCUCAAUUUGUGGGAUAGAACUUACAAUUUUCUCGGAUCUGCGACUUCCUAAACAACCAAGUUUCUUAUUAGGUAACCGAGUUUGGUUGUUGUUGUUUAUUAUAUUUAUUAUUUAUUGUUUUUAUUUACUUUAAAUAUUUUAUUGUGAAAACUUGGUCUGUUAACGACGGGUUCUUUAUCACUUGUUUUAUUUUGAUUGAUUGUUUACUUAUGAAUACUUUGCUAGCGUUUCACGCUUUUAACAUUCCUAUUAUUACACUAUUGUGAUUUAUUCUAUAGUGCCAUGUUCUAUGUUGAGUAAUUGCUGAGGCUGCGUGCACCCUGUAUGUGUUGUUAACAUUUUGUAUUAAGGAUUUUAUAAGUCUCUAAGUUCUAAUUAUUUUUCAUAUGAUAUACAGUGUAGUGUGGUAAUUUAUGGAUAGCAAUUUGUGCAUACCCAAAAGCGGUUUUAUUGAGAGCAAAUUCCUAGCUUGGAUUUGAUUUCAAACAACGAAGACAUUGAUUGAAUAAUUAAGAAGAUAGAUACUCUACUUGUAACAUCCAUUACGGACCUUUUUAGCAAAUCGAGAAUAGCAACUGUUAUACAUUUUUUACCCAUUCAAACAUAAAAGAACGUAAUCUUAAGUUGACAUUAAAAUAAGAAUUUGUAAAACACUGUAUGUUUUUUGUGUUACUUGUUCACGGCAAAAAUAUUUCGUGUUGAAAAAAGAUCUCCUUUUCAAAAGGCUUUGCUUUCAAUCCUCUGGAACACAGCCUGCUGGACAUGAAUUGGUCUUUUAUUUACCUAGUCUGAUAUUUAGUUUGAUACUAAGCUAAGCUUCCAAUAUUCAAAUCGAUGUUGUUUAAAAAGUGUUUUCCCCAGUUGGAAAACACAGAACGUUUUUACCAUUGUUACUUCCAUUCCCAGGAUGCUCGUUGUGAACUCUGCAAGGCCGGGGCAAGGCAGGUAGUCCAUGGGACCGGAAGAACAUGCAAACUGACCCUAAAUCUGCCAAGCACAAUAAUACAUAAUAAACCAUUGCGAAAUUCUGGACUCAGGGUGUGACGGGGGUGGUUUAGGGCAGUGACCUGCUUCAAACACGCCGCCGCCCCCGGGCCUUUGUGAGGAUUUCGUUCAUUAUUCCGUAUUAUAUUUUCCGAUCCAGUAGAGACUGAUAGAAGGAGGAAUGUUCUCUUCUUUAGGAAAACCUUUUUUUGUUACGAUUUAGUUCCUGGUCGAAGACUAUGCCAAAAGAUCCAUUCAUAGUAAAAGACUCAUCAUCCCCUCUUUACAACUUAAUGUUCUGCUCGUAAAAACCGAUUUAUUUGUAUAAUUAGAUCUUUUUUAAUAGUUGCACGCAGCCAUUGUUCUAUAGAUGUUGUAAACGCUUGUUCUGUUGGUUGUAUAACUAUCCUAUUAAACUGUAAGUUUCUUAUGUGUUAUUGUUUCGUAGGCAUAAUCGUACGUAAUACAGGGUUGACUACACUCGUAUUUUAUCUGGUCUGUAGUAUUUUGUACAAAGUUUGUAUUUACUUUUAUAGUGUAUAUUAGUAGUUGCUCCGUAAGGGAGGAAUAUACAACUCAUCUACCUCGUGUCUAGUGUAAAACAACAGCUACCUGUUAGUAACGGUUGACAGUAUGCAUUGUUACUUUGUCGUCAAUCAGUUUAAAACUAAUACUGAACUUCACCAUUUAAACUGAUUGUGUAAUGAUUUAUAUUAGUUUACAACUAAAUAAACUAUAUUCUUAUUUUACCAGUGUAGAAUAUUUUAAUGCAAUAUAUAAUGUGAGUCAACCAUUGAAUUUUAUUUUGUGCAUACCGAUAACAACAUGCUGGCGAUUACUGAUAACAGCAUGCUGGUGAUUACUGAUAAUAUCAUGCUGGUGAUUACUGAUAACAACAUGCUGGUGAUUACUGAUAACAACAUGCUGUUGGUUACUGAUAACAGCAUGCUGGUGAUUAGUGACAACAAGAUACUGUUUACAAAACCUAAUAGGUAGCUGAGCCUAAGACUGAUUACCUGUGUUUAUACCAAUGUAUUUUGUACAGAUUAAGAAUUUGGCAGUGAAAUAUUGAAUUGUAUUUAAUUUUGUAAUAUAUAAUACCACAUAAAUGU